GAUUUUAAACUUUUCCUGUGUGGAAUUUUAUUUUUUGGGCGCUCAUCAUGAAUUCAAAUAGGUAUUCAUUUCUGGUGAAAAAAGAAUAUUGGAAGAUUUAAUUGUGUCUUGUAGGGUCUAGUUUAAAUUAUAUAAAUUUGUUUUAAAUUUUAAAUUAUAUUUAUAUGACACUAUGUAGUUUUUGGAUAGUUAUUAGUAAUUACUAUUUUAGUUAUUUCAUGAAACUGUGGCGGUUGGAUUGUUACAAAAGAUACUAUUUCACGAGGAAGGUGUUCAGUCACUAGGAAAUUAUGCUUUGGAUCUGUUUGACCAUAUUAUAUUUUCAAUCACCCAUAUAGCUAUUGGAAACACAAAUAAUUUCCAAAUAUACUCGAAAAUAUCUGAUACGCCAUUAGUGGAUGAAAUAAUUGAACAUAAACAUAAAGUACAAUUUGAAGUGGGAAUUUGUUGUAUCGGCAUAAUGUUUAAUAUGUUACUACACAUAAAAAACCUAUCGUUAUCUGUUACCGCAAGAAUGACAACUAAUAAUGAUGUACCAAUGUUAAUAUGUCAGUUAUUAAAUGUAAAACCUUGGAUAAAGUUGGAAAACGAUAAAAAAUAUAUUUUUCAAGAUAAUUCAUGGAAAAUAAUGGAUGAAAAAGAGAACAUUAUAUCGACACAAGAAGCUCAUUUAUGGUUAAGUCUACACGAAUUUUUCACAUCGGAACAACUACGUAACAGUUAUGAAAUCACUCAAUUUCGGAAAAAAAAUCUUAUGCAGUUACAACACUUACUCAAUGAUUGCCUUCUGGAUCAAAUUCCCCCAUUGAUACAUUUAAAACAAUGUUUGUAUCAGUUGAGUUUAACAGAAGUUUCAACAGUACUUAAACGACCUCUAAUUAUAGAAUUAAAUGCAGAAGUAAGAUAUUAUAAAUAGCAGGGCUUCUAAGUUCAUGCAUUAAAAAACGUUUGAAUAAAAUAAAAUAAAAUUGGCUUAGAUACAUCUAGAGGCAUGCUCAGGAAUUUUUGAUUGGUGGGAGGGGGGAGCGGGGAUUGGUUGGAUAUUUUUUUCAAACAAACUAUUUGGUUAAUUCAGCGUUAUAAAUCUAGUUUAGCGCCCAAGCGAAUUUUUAAAUUUUUUCCCGUUCACCUAUUUAUUAUUACAACCAGUUAAAAUUACAACAAUGGUGCAAAAAUAAAUUGCCAGAAACCAUUAGUUUUUAUGGUACAGUCAUAAUAUAUAAUAAUUUUGUUUUUGAAACCUAAAUAAAUAACCGUUUUAAAAAUUAUGGUGCAAAAAUAAUUCUGACACUCACCUAUAGUAGUUUUACAUAAUUAUAAGUCAAGGGAUGUUUUCGAUUUUAAUUGUCCGAGUGAGCGAGUGGCCACGCCGGGUACCUAGGUAUAUGAAAAUUUCAAAAAUUGUAAUUAUCUUUAACCAGUCUUGUAAAGAAUAAUUUUAUUUUGUAUUCGGAG